CUCUGUCUUCUAACUAAGCUGAAGUAGCAUUUCCCAUUGGUCAACACUAGGCAGAAAGCAAAGUAUAUUUCCCUCAACAUCAGAUGUUACACUCAGUUGCUGACCCACUCUUGCCUACAGAGACCAAAACAGCCUGGAAAAUUGGAUCAUCAGUGUAAAGGACUAUAACCAUUUCAAGAUGACAAGCAUUCACUGGACUAAAUUACUUCACUGAAAAGAAAUCUCAUAAAAAAAUUUUAAAGGCCUCGCCUUCAGAAGUUACAAGAUGGUAAAUUCCACCACCACACAGUCUUCGGAGGAGUCCUGCUCCAAGAACACCCUCAUAACUCAGCAAAUCAUUCCUGGGCUAUACUUUGUGGUCUUCGUUGCAGGGUUCAUGCUCAAUGGUGUGUCUGGAUGGAUAUUCUUUUACGUACCCAGUUCCAAGAGCUUCAUUGUCUAUCUCAAGAACAUUGUUGUUGCUGACUUUGUGAUGAACUUGACUUUUCCUUUCAAGAUUCUAAAUGACUCAGGCCUAGGCCCCUCACAGCUGAACGUGUUUGUAUGUAAGGUUUCUGCUGUGUUCUUCUAUGUCAACAUGUAUGUCAGCAUCGUGUUCUUCGGGUUCAUUGGCUUCGACAGGUAUUAUAAAAUUGUAAAGCCUCUUUCAACUUCUUUCAUCCAGUCAGUGAAUUACAGCAAACUCCUGUCGAUAAUGGUGUGGCUGUUGAUAGCCCUGCUCGCCAUUCCCAACAUAAUCCUGACCAACCAGGAUGCCAGGGAAGUGACGCACAUAGUAUGCAUGGAACUAAAAAGUGAACUGGGACGGCAGUGGCACAAAGCAUCAAGUUACAUCUUUGUGGGCACCUUCUGGAUUGUGUUUCUUCUGUUAAUCAUUUUCUAUACUGCUAUCACAAGGAAAAUCUUUAAGUCCCACCUUAAGUCCAGAAAAAAUUCUGUUUCAGUCAAAAAGAAAUCUAGCCGCAAUAUAUUCAGCAUCAUGCUCGUAUUUGCUGUCUGUUUUGUGCCCUACCACAUUGCCAGGAUCCCCUACACUCAGAGCCAAACAGAUCCUCAUUACAGCUGCCAGUUAAAAGAAAUCUUGCUCUAUGUGAAGGAAUUCACUCUGUUACUAUCAGCUGCAAAUGUAUGCCUGGACCCCAUUAUUUAUUUCUUCCUAUGCCAGCCAUUUAGAGAAAUCUUAUGUAAGAAAUUGCAUAUCCCACUAAAAGCUCAGCAUGAUUCAGAAAAUUCCAAAACCAAACGGGGAAACACAACCCAUGAAAGCACAGAUACUUUGUGAAUUUCCACAUCCUUUCAAAUGAAGUACAUGUAUGUAUACUGUAUUCUUCAUUACACUAAGUGAAUAAAAAAAUGCCCAUGAUAGUAAGUAUCAUCUCUAGGCAAAAUUGACCAAUUUAACACAAUAAUGAUACUAAAACUGUAAGUUUCCAUGCUUGUUGCAAGAUCAAAGAAGAAAAUAAUACAUUUUUUAAUCUUAUUCCAUUAAAAUAGAAGGUUUAAAUUUGUAAUCACAGGUUUGGUCACUUAAAGGAGUACUUUAAAAAGCAAAUAAAACAGCAACUAAGACCAUUUACAGGGGCAUAGUCCAUCACUAACAUAAGAUUUUCCUCAUGGCAUUUCAAGGGAAAGCAAAUAUAAAUUAGGUACUUUGCAACAAAAAGUGUGAUUUUUUUUUUCCUGAUAGAAUUUUGAGGAUGAUAUAUAUGUUAAAAAUGUUUCAUGUGAAGACUUUCUAAGUCACUUAAUGACCAUGGAAAUUUGGUGUUAAAUAUUUUUCAAGUGGAGUCUACUGAGGGGUAACUGGCUAAUGACAUGUGUUGCCAGAGACUUCCCCUGUUCAGCAAUAUGGAGAAAAAACAGGAUGACCUCGGGAAAAAAACACAUACACACACCCAGGUUGGCAAUAUAAUUAUUCUUCGGUGUCAAGGACAGCUUUCCUAGAAAGCAACUAGAACUUGAUAUAAAGAAAAUCUAAAAUUUUUAUUAAUGACUGAGAAAUUAUACAUUAAAAUGAAAGUUCGAGCCUCCCCUGGUGGAGCAGGCAGUUGAGCAUAGCACUGUGAAGCUGUCCGCAGCCUCUGCAGUGCCGGUUUGAUCCCGGCCUGGCCAGCGAGGGUCCCACAUGUUGUGGCAGACCUCUCCUGUCAUGCCCACUGCUUCCUCAGCAGUGUAUUUCAUAAGUCUGCCUGUUCCAUUUCCCACUCUGUCUCUGGUGAAUCCUCUCACUCUCCCAUGAAUCUGGCCUGUACCCCAGUUCUUGUAUAAAUAAAUAAAUAAAUCUU